UCAGCAGUGAUUGUCAAUUUUGACCAGUCUUUGCCAUCUGCUCACUCAUAUCUUGGAAGUGACUUAGAAGAUGUCAGGGGUCGCACAAUCUUUGAAGAGUCAUCUAUCGUGACUUUACCGCUGCUACUUCUUCCUGGGGUUGUGCUGGUUCCUGGCCAGGUAAUCCCCCUUCAGUUGUACACCCAGAGACUGGUGGCUGUGGUUCGGAAAGUAGCAGACAAAGACAGGACAUUUGGUGUCAUUAAUCUCAGUAAAAAUUAUGAUGAAGAAGGAAGACAGCACAUAUCUUCUGUAGGUUGUACUGCAGAAAUUUUCUCUAUGAAGGAUGAGAUGGAUGAACCAUCAGGGAUCUCUACAGUUCGAGUCAAAGCCAGAGGUCGUCAGAGGUUCAAAGUUGUUGAAAUGAAAUCAGAAAUUACAGGGGAUCUCACAGGCACAGUGAAAAUAUUACCUGAAGUCUCUCUGGUUCAUGUCCUAGAGGGAGCCCGACUACCAUCCCAUCGCAAGCUGAUGGUUUCCCCACCCGAUGAUGCUGAAGAUAUGAUCAAAACAGCAGUCGACAGGCAAGGCCGUGUUCUCACAUCUGUCGACUUGAGGUGCCCGAACCUCAUCACCAAGAUGUACACCGCCAACUGUACCUGGUGGCCACCUUGGGUGUAUAAGAUGUAUGACAUUGACUGGUUGGUUGAGCAGAUUAAAACAGAACUUCACAGUUGGUGUCCAGCAUCUUUACCCCCUGACCCUGUUGACCUGUCAUUCUGGGUCGCCCAUAACCUUCCAGUUAACGAUGAGAUGAGGUUGAGGCUGCUAACUUUUGACUCUGUGGUCCAGCGACUGAGGUUUGGACUCAACAUAAUUCGGAAGAGUGGUGUCCUCUUGUGCUGCGAUUCUUGCCAGGAAGAAAUUGCCAGCAAAAAGGAUGUCUUCAGCAUGUCACAGGAAGGUCCCCUUGGAGCUUAUGUAAACCCAGGGGGUUAUGUGCACGAAAUGUUUACCGUACUUGGCGUGAGGAAUUUACAGAAUAUUGGAUUCGCAUCCACGGAACAUAGUUGGUUUCCUGGGUAUGCAUGGACAAUAGUCCAGUGCAAAGGCUGCCACUCACACAUGGGCUGGAUGUUCACAGCUACAAAAAAGAAUCUUUCACCCAAAAAGUUCUGGGGCCUCUGUCGAUCUGCAAUCAAGACCAGUUUCGGUAAAGUUGAAGAGGAAGAUGAGAAGGAGAAAAUUGGCUUUGUCAUGUGA